GGCCAGAGCAGCAGCAGCAGCGGCGGCGGCGUUUGAGUGGAGGAAGAUGGCGGCUCCGGGCGGCUCUGGGUCCCGCCAGCUGUAAGGAGCCCCAGUGCGGCAAGCGCCGCUUGAGGCGGAGCGCCUCUGCUCUGGCCCUGUCCCUGGCUCCCUCAUCGCCGUCGCCAGCGGAGCGAACCCGAGAGCGUGGCGCGGGCUGGGCCAGGUGUUUGAGUGGAAUGUCAUGGCCAGCUCCUCGGACAGUGAAGAUGACAGUUUCAUGGCUGUGGACCAAGAAGAAGCUCUGCUGGAAGGGACAAUGGAGCAGGAGGAGGAGCCCCGCCCGGCGCUGGAGGCUGAGGAGACGAGACCUAACAGGUCCAUGUCUGAGCUGCCAGAGGAGGUUUUGGAGUAUAUCCUAUCCUUCCUCUCGCCAUACCAGGAGCACAAAACCGCGGCCCUUGUCUGCAAACAGUGGUACCGACUCAUCAAAGGUGUAGCCCACCAGUGUUAUCAUGGUUUCAUAAAGGCUGUCCAGGAAGGACACAUUCAGUGGGAGAGUCGGACGUACCCUUACCCUGGAACCCCGAUCACUCAGCGGUUCUCACACAGUGCAUGCUAUUACGAUGCUAAUCAGUCUAUGUAUGUGUUUGGAGGCUGUACCCAGAGCAGCUGCAAUGCUGCCUUCAAUGACCUCUGGAGACUUGACCUGAAUAGCAAGGAGUGGAUCCGACCUUUGGCUUCAGGGUCCUAUCCUUCCCCUAAAGCUGGAGCAACUCUGGUCGUGUACAAGGACCUACUGGUGCUGUUUGGUGGCUGGACGCGGCCAAGCCCGUAUCCCCUACACCAACCAGAGAGAUUCUUUGAUGAAAUACACACUUACUCACCUUCUAAAAACUGGUGGAACUGCAUUGUGACAACCCAUGGGCCACCUCCAAUGGCUGGCCAUUCCUCCUGUGUGAUAGAUGAUAAAAUGAUUGUCUUCGGUGGCUCCUUAGGAUCCCGGCAAAUGAGCAACGAUGUCUGGGUCCUUGACCUCGAGCAGUGGGCGUGGUCCAAGCCGAACAUCUCCGGCCCCAGUCCUCAUCCUCGAGGUGGCCAAUCUCAGAUUGUCAUAGAUGAUGCAACUAUCUUAAUCCUUGGAGGGUGUGGCGGUCCCAAUGCUCUCUUCAAGGAUGCUUGGUUGUUGCACAUGCACUCGGGCCCCUGGGCCUGGCAGCCACUCAAGGUAGAAAAUGAAGACCAUGGGGCCCCAGAACUGUGGUGCCACCCAGCUUGUCGGGUGGGGCAGUGUGUGGUGGUCUUCAGCCAGGCUCCUAGUGGGAGAGCCCCACUCAGCCCCAGUUUGAACUCCCGCCCAUCGCCUAUCAGUGCCACUCCUCCAGCCCUGGUUCCUGAAACCCGAGAGUACCGCUCUCACUCUCCAGUAAGGAGUAUGGAUGAAGCCCCUUGUGUUAACGGCCGCUGGGGAACACUGAGACCCAGAGCUCAAAGGCAGACCCCCUCAAGUUCCCGGGAAGGGAGCCUUUCCCCAGCCAGAGGAGAUGGCUCUCCCAUCCUCAAUGGUGGGAAUUUGUCUCCAGGAACAGCAGCUAUAGGUGGCUCUUCGUUGGACAGCCCUGUGCAGGCUGUAUCUCCUAGCACUCCGUCUACCACUGAAGGAUAUGACCUCAAAAUGGGACUUUCUCUGGCCCCCCGACGAGGGUCACUACCGGAUCAGAAAGAUCUGAGGUUAGGAUCCAUAGAUCUGAAUUGGGAUCUGAAACCCGCACCGAGUAGCAAUCAUAUGGAUGGUGUGGACAACAGGACAGUUGGGGGAAGCAUGAGACAUCCUCCUGAACAGACAAAUGGUGUGCACACCCCGCCACAUGUGGCCAGUGCCCUUGCAGGAGCUGUCUCCCCAGGUGCCCUGCGUCGGAGCCUAGAAGCCAUCAAAGCAAUGUCAUCCAAAGGCCCUUCAGCCUCCGCAGCACUAAGUCCUCCUCUGGGGUCUUCUCCAGGCUCUCCUGGGAGCCAGAACCUGAGCAGUGGAGAAACAGUGCCCGUUCCCCGCCCAGGACCUGCCCAAGGAGAUGGACAUUCCUUACCUCCCAUUGCUCGCCGCCUGGGCCACCACCCUCCUCAGUCCCUAAAUGUUGGCAAACCUUUGUACCAGAGUAUGAACUGCAAGCCCAUGCAGAUGUACGUGCUAGACAUUAAAGACACCAAGGAGAAGGGGCGGGUCAAAUGGAAAGUAUUUAACAGCAGUUCUGUGGUCGGACCUCCUGAAACCAGCCUGCAUACAGUGGUCCAAGGCAGGGGUGAACUCAUCAUAUUUGGAGGACUCAUGGACAAGAAACAGAAUGUGAAGUACUAUCCAAAAACAAACGCCUUGUACUUUGUGCGAGCAAAGAGAUAAUGUGUUCUAAACCCCUUUCCCUUUCUGUGGCUUUUAAUUUUCCAGCGUGCAAGCAUUUGGACUGAGAAUUGGGAAAACAAAGGACAGAUACUCCCAUAAACCAAAACCCCAGUUCCCAACCUCACUCACUCCAGGCUGGGAUAAAAUCUCCAUUAAGAAAAAAAUUAUAUAUAAAUCUAUAAAUAUAUAUUCUAUAGCCAACUCUGUUUACAGAGAGGGAGACGUCUCCAUCCUGGUUCAGAUAAAUUUGUUGCUGUGUUUUAGCAGAGGCUGUGCUGCCUUUUUCUACUUUGCUGGUAACUAGACCCAGAAUUUAGGGAACAGACUAAUGUCAGAAUUUAUCUAAAGCAACUGAAGAGCCCCCGUAAAUCUUUAUGUGGCCUUCUUGGAGUUAGAGAAAGAGCGUGUGUAAGGUGUACACGUGGAGCCUCCCGAUCCUCGGGCUCCAGGAGCUGGCAGGGUGAAAGGAGCCUGUAGAGAACUCUUCCUCUCUUCCUUUUAAAACCACACGGGACCUAUGCAGACUUCUCUUUGAGGUCAUGCCCUCUGCCCUUGGGACUGAGGAAAGUUACCCAGCCAGGAAUUCUGUUCCACGUGUGUGUGCCAGGAUCACCGUGAGGCAGUGUUUAUACAGGGACGCCUGUCCACCUAGUGUCCACUGGUCUUUAGCGUGCUCCCUCCGUGUCUCAGAAAACAUAUUGGUGUCUGAUUUUGGAAUUUUCUGACAAUCGUAUUUGAUUGCAAGUUGCCAAAAACCACAUUUGUUCCCUUAAAACUUGAUCCUCAGAAGCUGCCUUUUCCUUUUUUUUUUUUUUUUGGCAUAUGUGGAUUUUUUUUUUUUUUUUUAAGCCCUGAAAGCUUUCUCACUUUCUGUUUCUUUUACAAAGCUAAGGUGCCUAGGGAAAUCUCCUAGAGAUAUUUUUGGAACCCCUUCUCUGGUAUCACUUAGGGGGCCUGGUAGGGAAUUCCAAGAUGUCAGUAUCAUGAGAAAUCCUUAAAGCAUCAAAAAAUACUGUUUUUUCCCUUUGGGCUUCUUUUUACUUCCAAAGCACGUUGGGCACACCCAUCCAUAUUUAUACAAUGUGGAAAUUGAUCCUGAAAGGUAAUCUCAGUAAUACUUCCUUCUAGAAGUGAUUUCUGCCCUUGUUGCGACAUGCAUUUUUCUGCCUGGCUGUUGACUACUACUGAUUGGGUUGAGUGUCGGGUGCUUAGCUCUUUGAUGCAAGGCUCACCUCAGGAGCGGCCCCUCCUUUGUGACUGUCUCUUUCACAUGUGACCCAAAUAAAGGUUGGGUUUUUAUGUCACGCCAUUUCUGAGAUAAAGUGCAACGAACUAGAGCAUUUCUUUGGUUGAUAUAGGAAGUUACAAAUUACCAGUCUGUAAACCAUGGCCUGAGCCUAGAAGAUGUUAGAGUAAGUCAAAUGGCACCACUUUAAUUUUUGGUAAUUUCUCAUCCGUGGAAAGAUUUUUACUUUGCCUUUAGGAUUUGAAUUUUAAAACACUGCAUUUCCCAUCUUUCACACUCCCGUUUUUCUUAAUAGCAUUUCCCAAGCAGAAGCCUGCCGACAGCUGGCCUUGGGUCCUGGCUUUUGGCCAACUCUUAGCAGUCUGUCUGAUAAGUGUGUUUUCUCCUAUUACAUCAUGUUGAAUUCUUUCCCCUAGCCAUUAGCUUUUACAAUGUGGUCUUGGUGGGAAAGCCCCUCUGGUGCCAAGCCCAGGAAAGGGCCAGAUCACAGGGAGAGGUCUGUGUUCCAGAAACUGUUCCCUUAGAUGAUGAAACUACCAUGUGCCUAUUUACUAUGGUGUCCACCUACUCCUAGCUCAGCACUUAGCUUGCUAGACACCUUGCUCCUGGGCUGUUGCUGGUCCUUCUUCGGCAAAGACUGUUAGAUCAUGUGGGGUCCUUACUCACAAGAGAAAGCUUAGCCUGUAAAAUUAGGUAUUACAUUAUUGCUAUUGCUGAACUUUGUUUAUGACAUUGCAUAUGUGCAUGGACAGCAUCCCCAAACUCAGUUCCUAUUUAAAUAUAAAGUAUUUGGAAGCCUGAGA